GGUUUUCCACUCCGGAGCGUCGCAUCGGCGGGUGUGCUUUCUGGAGGCGCGACGUAAUAUGUCGUCGGAGGGAGCACGUCGAUUCCGAUAGUCCGUUUUUCCGCGCAGUCCGAGGAAAAUGUCGAGCGACGAGGAGGCCGCCGACGCGAAGGAAGCGAGGGAAACCGCCGAGGAAGAUCUCCGGGUCUUCGAGACCCUCUGUAUAUCGUCGCCUCGAAAGGUAUCCCGUGAAGACGCGAUGAGCCACGACCUGACGACCACCUUGAGGAGCGAGCUGGCGGCCCUGGAGUACAAACGCGACCGUCUCACGUCCGAGCUCCAGGAGAUGAAGAGCCUGGUGAGAUCGCGGGAUCAACGGAUCGCUGAGAUGCAGCUGGAAGCGGAGCAGCUCCGCGAGCAGGCUGCCAGGCAGAACGCCGUCGUCUCGAGCCUGAAGAAGCGUAUACAGGAGCUGGAGGAACGCGAGCGGAACCUGUACGCGGCCCAAGGUCGCGGCGAGAUCACGAUACAAGGUCUGCAACGGGACCUGAAGUACCGCGAAGAGAAGAUCCGCGAUUACGAGAAGAAGGUGCGCCAGCUGGAUCAGAGCAUCUCCGAAGAGAUCCAGCAGAAGGAACGCGCCCGGUUGAGCCUCCAGGACUUCGGCCGUCAGCUGGCGCACGCUUUGAACGUCGAAUACUGCGAGACGGUGCACCCUAGCCCGGAGAUCGUGAUCCACAAAGCGGAGGAGCUGGUCCAAGAGGCGAAUCGUCUACGGGCGAAGACCGCCAACUCGGAGGCGCAAUUGUCCACCGUUCAGGCGGACUUCAGGAACUGCAGGGACGCUUUGGACAGAACAGUAGCCGACAAGGAACAGCUACAGCGACAGGUGUCCUCGUACCUGAUCGAUCUGGACAGGUUGAAACAGGACAAAGAAUGCCUGGAGAUGCAGCACAGAGUGGCGGAGAGGGAGCUGAACGAUCUCAGGGACAAGCUGGUGAACGCCAACAGAAACAUCACGAAUGCCACGGGAAACAUAUCGAGCCAGGAGGCGGUGAUUUGCCAAUUGAGAGACGAGCUGAAGCACCGCGAGGAGAAGACGCAGCGUGCUCAACACGAGACGAGGCACAUCCUCGAGUCCCUGGCGAUCCUGAUCAGCGGGCCGAACCGAUUCGUCGAGUCGCACGAGAACGCGAUCAAGGACCGGCUUCGCGAGAUCCUAGCCGAGAACAAGGACCAGGCUCUUAAUAUUCAAAACCUACGGGAGAAAGUGAACGCGGCGUCGGAAUCGACGAAUCGGCAGAGCGAGCUGAUCGAGACCACCGUCGCGAAGAUACGGAACCUUGAAGAGGAACGAUCCUGCCUCGAGAGCAAGGUUCGCAAACUGGAGGCCGAGCUGACGAGCUGCGAGCUGUCCAAGGAGGCUCUUGCCAGGGACAAGCAGAUGUUCGUGACCUUCCUGGACCGACUGAGCAAAGCGAUGCAGAUGGACGAGAUCUCCGAGGAGAUGGGCCUGGACCUGCAGACGGAGUCGUUGCUGGUGCGAGCCGAGCAGCUGGCCAGGCUGGAGACGGACAAGCUGGUGGACAAGUACUUGUACCGCGACUACAUCACCCUGCCGAGGAUUCGGCGCGAGCGGUCCUUCCACGAGCUUUGCUCCGCGAAAGAAACGUCGGUGGUCUAUCAGCUGCAAAGACGAGUGAGAACUCUGAGGGAGCAACUGCAGCGAAGGGACCUGCAUCUGGACCUUCUACGGAGGAAGCUGUCGCUGCAGGAGGACAGCGUCCGGAUCAAGUCGCUGUUGCAGACCGAGCGAGACGAGGCUAAUCUCAGGGCGAAGAAGUUGGUGAAGCAGCUGGAACGUCUCCAGGCACAGUACACCGAGGAGAAGGCCAGGAAUCGGGAGCUCGGUUCUCAAUUAACUGAGGCGGCUGAUUACAAGAUAGCGGCUCUGGAGCGCAGCAGAAAGAUAGAGGAGCUCCAGAAACGGCUGGUCGAAAGUGAGAUGCUGAGGACACGUUGCACGCGGAAGAUGACGAUGCUGAAGGAGCAGAUCAGGAGCACCACGGAGACCGUCGAGCAGGAGAGGUCCAUAAACGAUCAUUCGAUGCAGCUGCUCAGGGACGAGAUCGCCCAGGUCAAGCAGAACCUCGCCGAUGUCACCAAAAGGGAGUCUCAAUUGCAAAGCUUCCGAGUCUCUGUGGUGAAGCUGCUGUCGGAACCGAUUUGCACACCUGACUACGAGAUCGUUUCAAGGCUGCAGAAGAUGGCUGCAGCGCAUCGGGACUUCACGAUGCUGUCCCGCAGAUACGACGAGCCAUUGGACAACACGCCCUCCAGGUGCACCAGCGUGCAUCCGGUGCAUCCUCACGGAUCGCCGGGAUCGAGGUGCACCCGGUACGAGGACAGCGGAUUCGCGGAUCCGCCGGAUCUACACGACAUCGAGGACGAAUACACGAAGCGACCGGUUCGGAGUAGCCUUCUUCCGUGACGCCGGCCGCGAUUCAACUUGUGAACGCGAGAUCUUUCGAUGCGCCGUCGCGUUUAUACGUCGAGUAAACGUCGUCGGUUUUCCAACCCGGACCAGACGAUCCAGCCGGACGAUUUUCUUAGAUACAUCUUUCGUGCCUAAAAAAAGUUGCCGAGGUGAAACAAUGUUUGUCAACGACACGAUCUUCUUCGUGAAAUCCUUUUAACUUUGUUCAGCUUGGUUUUCGAGAGCCGAUUUUAUCUCAAAAAUUAUUUUCGAAGUAUUAGACUGUGGAUCUUUAUGCAUUAACCAGUUUGCUGUUGCAAUUUCUCUUUGACAAGUGUGCAAGUUACUGUAAUUAUGCUGUAUAUGUUUGAUUUUCUUUAUAUUUGGUUUAAAUAGAACGUUUUUAUAGAAUAUAAUAAAGAAUAUCAAAAAGCAUAUAACUUUCUUAACUAGUUAAACGUUUGCGACGAGUAUACUCGUCAUGAAGAAAAUUCUAUUCUAUUUAAGAACAGUUUAACUGGUUGAUCAGUAGCAUUUAUUCUCAAAUCAGUAGCAUGUCGAUUUAUUAAGAACAACAAAUGUUCUGCUCAGUUUUCAUGAAAUUAGACAUGCAAAUAUAUGCAUAAAGAUUUACAGUUUGUUGUAAAGAAAAAGUUUCUAGGAUUUUUGAGCCAUUAAGUCCCGGUUUCAUUGUUUAUGAAGAUAUUUUUCAACCUAACAAAAAAAAAAAUCUACGCUGUACAAUGUGACUUUAAACAAUGCCACGAAAGCAUAUAAACAUUGAUAUUUAACCCCUUGCACUGUAACAACGAGUCAGUAUUUCUUCUUCUGUUAUCAAAAUCUAGGAACGAAGAUAAACGAAAAGACACGCGGCAAACAGAAAUUGUCUCGAUCUCUUCGUUAAUUACGAAGAGGCGUUGAUCAGGAUUCGACUAAAAUAUCAGUCGAACAACGAUUCGAAUAAAUUCUGCGUAUAAAAUUU